CAAAGAACACCCUCAGUGUCAGUCAGUCCCUCUGUUGAAAUAACGGAGGGCAGUCCAGUGACUCUGACCUGCAGCAGUGAUGCCAACCCACCUGUGCAGAUUUACAUCUGGUACAAGACGAAUGGAGCUGAAACCUCAAUGAGACAUUCUGGAUGGAGUUACAGGAUCACUAACAUCAGCCCUGAGGACAGAGGAGAAUACUACUGUCUGGCAGUGAAUGAAGUUGGUUGCAAAAGAUCAAAGCUUGUUCCUCUAAAGGUUUUGUGUAAACCAAAGACCACCUCAGUGUCAGUCAGUCCCUCUGGUGAAAUAGUGGAGGGCAGUUCAGUGACUCUGACCUGCAGCAGUGAUGCCAACCCACCUGUGGACAAAUACACCUGGUACAAGAAGAAUGGAGCUUCACUGAAAGGAUCUGAAAACACCUUCCUCAUCACCAACAUUAACUCUGAGGACAGUGGAGAAUACUACUGUGAGGCUGAGAAUGAAUAUGGAGGUCUCAACUCUUCUACAAUUUCUGUAGAUGUUCAGUAUGGCCCAAAGAACACCUCAGUGUCAGUCAGUCCCUCUGGUGAAAUAGUGGAGGGCAGUUCAGUGACUCUGACCUGCAGCAGUGAUGCCAACCCACCUGUGCAGAAUUACACCUGGUACAAGAAGAAUGUAACCUCACCAGUAUUGUCAGGACAGAAUUACAACAUCACUAACAUCAGCUCUGAGGACAGUGGACAUUACUAUUGUGAGGCCAGGAAUAAAAUAGCAUCUGAGAACUCCACAGCUCUGAGGAUCAUUGUAGCAGGGAAACAUACCUCAAUUAAGACUGCAGCUGUAGGAAUCAUAAUUGUUGUUCUGGUUCUCAUACUCUGUCUCUCUGGCUUCAUGUGGUUCAGGAAGAAGGCAUCCAAAUCCACCCCUGGCACAAUAGAAACAAGAGACACAGCAGACGAGGGACAGGGAGACUCUACUCUCCUUUAUGACAACAUGGCCAUGCAGCAGAGACAGCAGUCACCGUCGAGUCAGGAUGACGUUCACUACACCAGCGUCCACGUCUCUCCCUCCAAAAACCAGGAAGAGCUUUGUGCUCCAUCGUCCAACUGCCUCAACCCCAGAAACAGGACAGAGAUGUCCAGUACACUGCUGUGAAAUUCAACCUCCCCAGUGCUACCACCCGACCCACGGCGGCACAAGCAGCUGAGGAGGACACCUGAGAUCUACAGAACAGUCAACAAACCCAGAACCAAGACCACCUGAACACAACAAAACCAAGAACAAACUGUAAUAUACAUUUACAUAAGUAUUCAGACCUUGGUUGAGGCGCCAUUGGCAGCGAUUACAGCCUCGAGUGUUCUUGGGUAUGAUGCUACAAGGUUAUACAUUUUUUACAGCAAGUACAUUUUGUUUCAUAUGUCUUACGCAAAUACAUUCAAUUCAUUUAUAUACACUUAUAUAAGUUUGCUAGAUUUAAAAUAUUUGUUUCAUUGUUGACUCAAAUUUAAAUUUAAGGAAAUAGUUCUUGAUUCAAUGUUUUAUUCAUUUUAUCAUUUUUGUUUUUUUUACUAAUGUGUGAAGCGUAAACAAUCAAACUUCAUCGUCAUUGUUUUUACCUUGUUAUGACAGUAUUUUCAUUGGAGAGAAAAUUAAAAGCUUUUAAAAUCACAA